CGUCUCUCUCUCUCUUUCUCUCUCUCUCUCUCUUCCUUCCAAGCAAGGAACGUAGCAUUCAUUCAUUGCUCAUCUUCUUCGAUUACGUUCGCAAUAAGAGCUGAAGUUUUCUUUCUGAAACUUUCCCGGAAUCCAAACAAACCUUUAGGUUCUUCUUCUUCUUUUUCUUUGGUUUUCCGUUUUGUUCCGAGAAAUGGGAAGCAAAUGGAGAAAAGCAAAGCUAACAUUAGGUCUCAAUAUGUGCCUCGACAUUCCGAAGACGCUCGACGAUCCCACUUCUCCUCCCCGGAGAUCUUCCGACGACGCUUCUUCUCCGACGAUGGCGGCGACUGCGGCUGCGGCUGCGGCGGUUCGGCCCACCACUCCGACACCGUCGUCCUCUGGGCUCCGCUUGUCCAGGUCCUUCAAUAAAUCCCAAUCCAAGAAGACGUGUGCGAUAUGCUUGAUGGAGAUGAAGCCGGGUUUAGGGCAUGCCAUUUUCACUGCAGAAUGCUCACACUCGUUUCACUUCCAUUGCAUUACAACCAAUGUUAAGCAUGGGAACCAGAUAUGUCCCGUGUGCCGGGCCAAAUGGAAAGAGAUCCCUCUUCAGAGCCCUAACCCUAAGCAUGUGAACCUCUUGGGUGGUCGGCUCAGAGAUAGGGUCCAGCCUCGGUCUUCUACUCGACCGGAAAGAUCUAGGCCGGUCUCUUCUCCCUUCAAUGGCCCCGAGCCCGCAAUUUACAAUGAUGACGAAGUUCUGGAACAUCAACACAGAUCCACUGGAUCGACUCAGGAGCAGUGCAGUGUUGUUUCUGGCAGCAUGGAAGUGAAAACCUACCCCGAAAUCUCUGAAGUCUUGAGGUCUGUUUCGUAUAAAGAUUUCGUCGUUCUGAUCAAUAUAAAGGCUCCUCCUUCUGCCCCGAAAGCAUCGUCUUCUCGUGCUCCGGUUGAUCUUGUCACGGUUCUUGAUGUGAGCGGAAGCAUGGCCGGGACAAAACUGGCGCUGCUGAAACAAGCCAUGGGGUUUGUGAUCCAGAACCUCGGCCCCUUCGACAGGCUCUCUGUCAUAGCCUUCUCCUCCUCAGCACGACGCAUCUUUCCUCUUCGGCUCAUGACCGAGACAGGGAAACAAGAAGCAUUACAGGCAGUUAACUCAUUGGUCUCAAACGGUGGAACAAACAUAGCAGAGGGCUUGAAGAAAGGAGCAAGAGCCUUGAUCGAUCGUAGGUACAAGAACCCUGUGUCCAGUAUCAUACUCUUGUCUGAUGGCCAAGACACAUACUCUGUUACUAGUCCCAAUGGUUCUUGCUCCAGAGGGAUGGACUACUACAAAGCCCUCCUCCCGAUCGAGAUUGGUAACCGACAAAACAAUGGAAACUCGAUUCCAGUUCAUGCUUUCGGGUUUGGUGCAGACCACGAUGCCUGCUCGAUGCACUCAAUAUCAGAAAACUCCGGAGGGACAUUUUCCUUCAUAGAAGCCGAAACUGUUUUACAGGACGCUUUCGCUCAGUGUAUCGGAGGCCUUCUGAGCGUAGUAGUUCAGGAACUGAGCGUCAAAGUCGAGUGUGUUCAUCCGGGAUUACGUAUCAGCUCGAUAAAAGCCGGAAGCUACAGUGUUAAUCGCUGCCCAGAUUCAAGAACUGGGAUCAUCAACGUAGGAGAUCUAUAUGCAGAUGAAGAGAGAAACUUUCUGGUGAAUCUCGACAUCCCGGUUGACGAAACUUCAGAUCAGAUGUCACUUCUGAAAGUCAAAUGCGAUUACAGAGAUCCCGUGACGAAAGAGACUGUCACGGCGCGCGACUCCGGAGAAGUGAAGAUCCUUAGGCCGCAAGAAACAACUGGUUUGGCGGUUUUGUCAGUAGAAGUAGACAGGCAGAGGAUCAGGUUACGUGCUGCAGAAGCGAUAUCUGAGGCUAGGGUUUUAGCCGAGCGCGGGGAUCUUACAGCGGCCGUGUCUCUGCUGGAGACAUGCCGCCAGUUUCUGUUGGAAACAUUGUCUGGUCGGGCCAAUGACCCGUUGUGCGUGGCCCUUUGUGCCGAGCUUAGGGAGACGCAGGAGCGAAUGGCGAGCCGACAAGUGUACGAGACGUCGGGUCGGGCUUAUGUUCUGUCGGGUCUGAGCUCGCAUUCAUGGCAGAGAGCGACUGCCAGAGGCGAUAUGAGCGAGACGAGAGUGUUGCAGACUUACCAGACUCCAUCAAUGGUGGAUAUGGUGAAUCUAUCUCAAACUAUGACUUUCGGAAACCCUAAUUCGAAUUCGAGCUCGAGUUUGCCGUCAUCGUCGCAGAGGAAACUCCGGCAAGCUCUUUCGUUUCCGGCGAGGCCACGCCCUAGGUGAUCGGAGGAAAAGGUUAAAAUGGGGAUAUCAGAAUUCUUUUCUGCAUCUUUUUUUGUUUGUGAUUUGUUUAAACUUGGGGUAGUUUACGUAAUUUAUCAAUUUUUGGGGUAUAAGUGAAAUGGAUGGUUUUUAGCGGGGAAGAAAAAAAGAAAGAAAAUGGGGCAAUUGCGGAAUUAGUGCUUAUAUAAGGAUACGAAUGUGAAUUCUGCUUAGUUAGGUCGUGUGGGACUGUGGAAGGUGGGUAUAGGCUUGUAAUUGUGGAAAAAUAUUAUCCCAUUUAUAUUUUAUAAAAUCCCAUUUUCUCUUA